AUGGGCCUGUGGCUGCAUGGCGGCGAGGCCGAUGGAAAUGGAAUGACCCCCGUUUUACUCCUGUCUGUCCUCACGGCCAUCUUGGGAUCCUUGCAAUUCGGAUACAACAUCGGGGUGAUCAAUGCACCCCAAAAGAUCAUCGAGCAGAACUACAAUGCCACCUGGAUGCACCGGCAGGGCGUGGCCAACGCCUCCUCCAUCGACCCGGCCGUGCUCAACCUCCUGUGGUCCCUCUCCGUCUCCAUCUUCUCCCUGGGGGGGAUGCUCACCUCCUUCCUGGUGGGCGUGGUCUCCGAAUGGCUGGGCAGGAAGAGAGCCAUGAUCGUCAACAACGGCCUGGCCUUCCUCGGCGGUGGCUUGAUGGGGCUGGCCAAGCUGGGCAAAUCGUACGAGAUGAUGAUCUUCGGCCGGUUUGUGAUCGGGGCUUUCUCAGGAUUUGCCUCUGGGCUUGUCCCCAUGUAUGUGGGGGAGAUCGCCCCCACCAAGCUUCGGGGGGCCUUGGGGACCCUGAACCAGCUGGCCAUUGUCAUCGGGAUCCUAUUUGCCCAGGUGUGCGGCCUGGAGACCCUGCUGGGCAAUGAGACCUACUGGCCGCUCUUGAUGGGCAUCACCGUGGUGCCCUCCAUCCUGCAGCUGCUGCUCUUCCCUUUCUGCCCGGAGAGCCCGCGCUACCUGUACAUCGUCCGAAACAAGGAGUCCAAGGCCAAAGAGAGUCUCAAGCGGCUCACCGGCUGUCAGGACGUGAGUGCCGCGUUGACAGAGAUGAAGGAGGAGAAGCGGCGGAUGGACAUGGAACACAAGGUCUCCAUCCUCCAGCUGUUCCGUUCCCGCAUUUACCGCCAGCCGCUCUUGAUCGCCGUGGUCCUGCAGCUCUCCCAACAGCUGUCGGGCAUCAACGCGGUCUUCUACUACUCAACUGACAUCUUGACCAAAGCCGGUUUGGAACAGCCCAUCUACGCGACCAUCGGGACGGGCGUGGUAAACACCAUCUUCACCAUCAUUUCGGUGUUCCUGGUCGAGCGGGCGGGAAGACGGACGCUACACCUGGUGGGCUUAUUCGGGAUGGGCAUCUGUGCCCUUUUGAUGAUGACCUCCCUCCUCCUCCUGAAAAGUGUUGCCUGGAUGGGUUACCUGAGCAUGGUGGCUAUUUUCGCCUUCGUGGCUUUCUUCGAGAUCGGGCCGGGCCCCAUCCCGUGGUUCAUUGUGGCCGAGCUGUUCAGCCAGGGGCCCCGUCCGGCCGCCAUGGCGGUGGCCGGCUUUGCCAACUGGACUAGCAACUUCAUCGUGGGCAUGAGUUUCCCCUCCAUCCAGGAGGCGAUCGGCCCUUACGUCUUCCUCAUCUUCGCCAUCCUCCUCUUCAUCUUCUCCGCCUUCACCUACCUCAAGGUGCCCGAGACCCGGGGGCGCACCUUUGACGACAUCGCCGCCACAUUCCGACGCACCCCGUCGUUGCUGGACCGGGAGAUCAAGCCCUACACGGAGCUGGACGAGCUGAGCCCGGACGGUCACGAAUGA